CAUUUAAAAAAUUAUGUCACUCACAGUACUCUCCUUCCUUCCAUCUUCCUUCUCUCCACAUAAUUGCUUCUCUCUUUCCUCCUUUACCCUAUCAUUUUCUAAAGCACUAUUCUCCCAUCAACCACCAUAUAUAAUCAAAUCCCACCUUCAAAACAUUUUCACUCACACCCAAAAACUUAAAACACAAAAAAAAAAAAAAAAAAAUAUCCCCCCACUCAAUAAAAACUCACAAAAAAGGUAAAAUGACAGAUUGAGUGAUAGUUGAUCUUAUAUAUAUAUAUAUAUACAACAAAACUUUGUUUAUUAUUCGUGAGAGAGAGUACAUAGUAGUUAGUGGCCAAAUGGGUACUUGUAUUCUACCUCAAAAUUUGUCUAAGAGAUUGAUUAAGGAGCUGAUUCAAGGCAAGGAGAUGGCAACUAAGCUUCAGCUUAUGCUUCAUGAUCAUAAUAAGCCUCUUGUUGAAGAAAAUAUUGGUUUUGGGUCAGUCUCAUCAUCAUCAUCAUCUGCUGAAGAACUUGCUUCAAAGAUUUUAAAUUCUUUUAGCCAGACUCUUUCUGUGGUGACUGGCUACAAUAAUGAUAAUACUAUUAAUAAUAUUAUUCAUAGUAAUUCUUCAGAUCAGACUUCUCAGGUCAACCCUCAUGACCAGGCCUCACAUUGUGAUGAUCCCAGCUCUGAUGAUUAUGGUGCUGAGAGUAAAAUAAAGAGAUCAUCACAUGGUAUCAAAGAUCGCAGAGGCUGUUAUAAAAGAAGGAAGAACUCUCAAUCAUGGACCACCACUGUAUCAACACUAGAAGAUGGCCAGGCUUGGAGAAAGUAUGGCCAAAAGGAGAUCCUUAAUGCUGAAUACCCAAGGGCUUACUUUAGGUGCACACGCAAGUAUGAUCAAGGUUGCCGAGCCACAAGACAAGUCCAACAAAUACAAGACAAUCCUAAACUGUAUCAAACUACAUACAUCGGUGAACACACAUGCAAAAACAUUCUUAAACCCCCUCAAAUGAUAAUCAAAGAUUCAGACCUUGAUAAUAAUCUCAUGAAUGUGAUCACUAGUACUACCAUUCUUGAAGAAGUCAAGCCAAUUAUUAGUAGUAGUAUUACUACUAAUGACACAUCUAGUUUAUCAGAUGAUCAUCAUAACAAACUUUCCUUGGAUCAUCAUCAUCAUCAUCAUAAUAAUAGUGAUCAUGAGAUUAUCAAUCUGUGGCCGUCAGAGCUUAAGGAUCUUGAGUUGUCAGAUCCUUCGAUGGGUUUGUUGUCUUCGAGUUUAGGGGUCUCUGCUAGUAACAAUGAUGAUCAUGAUAUUGUUUCUAUAAUGUUCUCAUUUGGAGACCGUACUAUUAAUACUACUAAUUGUAGUACUAGUGGAACUAAUUCUCAUAGUUUGGACAUGGAUGAGUUUGUAGACACGUCUAUUGAAUUUAGAAGCUGUGAUUUUGAGUUUGAUGAUAAUAAUGAGUUUUGUCUCCUAGGAUCAUUGUGAAGAUUCAAGAGGAAGAAGAGAGAUUAAUUAAUUAAAGAGUGUACUAGCUGUGUUUGCUACUUAGCUAGUACUGCUACUUAAUAUAAUAUAUGGAUGUACUUUAAUUUUCACUACAUUUGUAUUUAAUUAGGGUAAACGAAAUCCUUAAUUUUGUAGUGAAACAUAUUUAAUUAGAAUAAAAUUGUCAAUUGUAAUGUUUGUAUUA